GUGUUGAAAUUACAAGUGUGUGUAUACCAGUUUCAUAUGGAAACAUGUCUUAUUGUUCUCCAAUUUCUACAGCACAUCAACUUACAUCUCCAAGUCAGUCGUCCAACUCAGUAAAUAUGGGACACUCUUUUCAGGUUGGGGAUGAGGUGCUUUUAAAAAGCUUAUUCAAUUCUAGAAAAGCUGUGGCAAAAGGUCGUAUUCGUAGUGUUGAUCCAAAUCAAGAAGUUGGAGGAAAACGACUUGGACUACAAUGUUGUGAAGUUCAAGUUUCAGUUCCAAUAGAAUGGGAUGAAGAACUGAUUAGGCCGUAUUCGAAUUUGUCUACAAUUGGAGACGCAAUCGAAACAUGCAUUGCAUGGCCUCACCACUUGGUGAAAGUCGAUGAUUUGGAUUGAUGAGAUGCUGAAAUAGCUUUAAAAGUGAAGCCUAGCUAGAGGUCUCAUUCUAAAAGAAUUGGUACCAAAGAGAAAAGUGAAUUGAUGAGCAGAAACUCAUUUUAAAACAGUUGAUAUCAAUAUAGACAAUAUGUAAUAAGCUUUUUACUCAUGAUUGCGUAGCUAUUCCCUCAACAGAAUAUUCAUUAGUGAUGUUUGAAAUUUUAGAUUUGAAAUUAAACAUUUUAUAUUA